AUGUACGACAUGUACCGAGCGGUGGACACUUCGUCGCCGAUUCCCAGCGCCAGUAAAAACGAAGCCGCUCUCAGCAACAGUCACAAUGACUCAAUGAAUGGCAGCAACAACAACAGUGCCACCGUUUGCGGCAUCUGCCUGGACGAGUUUGCCCUCGAGUCACUGCACGUGCUGAAGAAGUGCCAGUGCGCCUUCUGCAGAGACUGCCUCUGCAAGUACUUCCAGUUCAUGAUCGACAAUGGCCACCUGCACAUCUUCUGUCCCUCCCACCGGUGCAUGGCCAACAGUCAGAUCGAGGCGGAGGAGGUGGCCGACCUGGUCAGCGUCGCCCACCAGGCGAAGUACCAGGUGAUGCGGGACAACAAGGUCCUCAAUGAGUACCUGGCGGCGAAUCAGAGCAAGGUCCGCUGUCCCUUCUGCGACAGCAUCUUCGACGUCCACGUAGUGGCGCCGGCGAAGAAGGAGAAGAGGCUUCAGAGGAGGUCUUCUGAAGCAGAAGUAAUUGACGUUGAAGAGGACGAUGAGGAGGUGAUGAUCACCGAGGAGACAAAGUCCAUUUCGAAUACCAUCAACCAAGAAGAAGAGAACUCCAGCGCAGCACAAUCAUCAACAUCAGAGGCGGAGACGGCGGCGGCGAAGAAGGCGGUGAGGUGUCCAAACUGCCUCGAAGCCUUCUGCGCCACCUGUCACAUUCGCCUGGAGACGCUGGAGGGCGGUCACAACUGCGCCGAUCUCAAUGAGGCCGUCCUUAGCGAGUACGACAUCAAGAAGUGUCCCAGCUGCAGCUACCUAAUUCAGCGCGAGGGCGGCUGCGCCCAGAUCUCCUGUCGAAACUGUCAG